AUGGACGACUUUGUGAGCGAGACGGACAGCGAGUACACAAGCUACUGGCGGGAUUGGUUCAUAUCGUCCCGGGGAAAUGAAUAUUUCUGCGAGAUUGACGAAGACUAUCUCACAGAUCGUUUCAACCUGACGGGGCUGAACACAGAAGUGCAAUACUACCAAUAUGCGCUCGACCUCGUUACCGACGUUUUUGACCUCGACUGUGAUGACGAAAUGCGUGAAACCAUCGAAAAAUCUGCUCGGCACCUCUACGGCCUCGUCCACGCGCGCUAUAUUGUGACAACCCGGGGUCUUGCUAAAAUGACAGCCGAACGGUACAUACCUCGGGUGUAUGGCUUCAAGGUGCACGCUUCUGCUGCCCUUAUUCGGUGGCAAAAUACUAUGAGGGACGACAUGAGGCGGAGACUUCGAAGACAAGAAAUCGAGAGUGGUUUCAAGGAUGACGAAUACGAAGGUAAUGAAGAUGAGGUGGAGGAAGAGGAAGACGACCAGUCACGCGAUAACCGAGACCAUCAUGUAUCCAACACGGGUGCCAUGGUAAUAUGA